GUGUCUUCCUUAUGGGGACAAAAAUCAAGUCCCCGUAAUGUAAGGGGUCAGGGUUAGGGUUAGGUUUAGUACUAGGAAUAGGUUUAGGGUCAGGGUUAGGGUCAUAUAUAUAUAUGGCUGGACCUCACAUUCUGUCAUGAUGGUUAGGGUAAGGGACCAGGGAGGAUAUUAUGUCAAUGAAUGUCCUCACUAUGAAUGCUUUACAAAUAUGUGUGUGUGUCUGUGUCUGUGUGCGUCUCUGUGUGUGUGUGCGCGUGUGUCUGUGUCUGUCUGUGUGUGUGUGCGUGUGUGUGUGCCUGUGCGUGUGUGCCUGUGUGUAUGUGUGCGUGUGUGCGUGUGUAUGUGUGUGUGUGUGUCAUUCACACUAAUUGGACCAAAUUUCACUGAGCAACAAAAGAUGCAGCUCGAAAAUUCCAGCUUUGGUUUGUACAGACUCUGCUUUGUUGUCGUUUCUCGUGUGUUUGUUCUCUUCUGCUGCCGCGUUCACACUUAUCUCUCUCUCUCUCUUUCUCUCUCUCUCUCACGUCUCUCUCUCUCUCACCAUCUCUCCCCCUCCCUCUCUCUCUCUGUCUCUCUGUCUAUUUCUUUCAAACUCAUGCACAUUCUCUCUUUUUCCUCGUGCGGUCCAUGAAAGGGUUUCUGCCUCAAACGAAGCAGCUCAGAGGCGAGUGAACUCGCUCUGAGUUGCUCAAAAGCCUGUCGGACCGUCACAAUGAACUCCAGAGCUUUGGUGGACUGGACCGUCAUCUUCACGUCCUUCAGUGCUGACCCUGGACCUAGGUUUUUGGUUUGAACCUUCUGCUGAUCUGGAGCCCUAGUAAAUCCUGGUGAUCUGGACGAUGAUUGAGCAACAAAGUGCAGAAGAUGGCGGCGUUGGUGGCUGUGGACACGUGGACGUCCUGAGCACAGAGGACCUGGAGUGUAAGAUCUGCUACUGGGCGUACAACCUCGGUAGUCGCAGGCCAAAAGUUCUGGAUUGCUGCCACCGCCUGUGUGCCAAAUGCCUCGCAAAGAUCCUUGAUCUGGGCGAGUCACCUCCAAACGCUGCGGUGUGCCCGUUCUGCCGCUACAUCACCAGACUCCCAGGAGAGGUGGUGAGCAGUUUGCCGGACGACCGUAACUUGGUGGCGUUGCUGUCCCUCCAAAGCAGGAACCAGAGGAACCUCCACUUCCAGCCAGAGUCCACCAGAGAGCUGCUCCUCAGCCCCAAGCAUCUGAGCUCGCUGAUGGGUAGCAACACACCCAUGAUGUCCCCUUCCACUUCCUCUGCCACCACCUACUCCUCCAUCAGGAGCUCCCCUAACUUUGUGGUUAUCACUAUCAUGGAGCCACCUCCGGUGCCGGCCUCAAACCAGGACCUGCGUGUCCUCCACCCGCGCUACCACUCGUCCAGCCUUGACUCCAUGGCGUCCAUCGCGCAGAGGUGGACGGUGUGGACCUGUGCAGCACUUCUGUGCCAGACCUCGGCCCGGGCACUGGUGUGGCUGCUGGGGCUGCUGUACUUCAGCUCUCUGCCCAUGGGGGUUUAUCUGCUCAUCAUGCAGAGAACAACGCUCGGGGUUCUGCUGGUGAGCCUGGUUCCUGCCAGCCUCGUCAUGGUCAUGGUGUAUGGAUUCUGCCAGUGUAUCUUCCAUGAGUUCAGGCACUGUAUUCCGCCAUAGUGGUGGCAGAGGGACGAACAAUGGUUUGCUUUGAACAUGUUUGACAAUAGAUGUCCAGAAUCCACUAAUGGGGCUGUAACAGUGUAACUUUCCACACGGACAUUUACUCCAGUAGCACAAAACCAAUCCUUACUGGACCUCAGCGUGACACAUUUAGUGAGAUUUGUGUGAGGAAUCUAUCUCUAUAUCUUAAGAACAUGUUCACGUCUUUAUCUCACUGUUAGACACACUUUUACAACAGGA